CUAAGUAAAUUUAUAAAAUAAUAAAACACACAUAUACAUCUCUCUCUCACCAGAGAAAAAACUGAUGAUUAUGUUUUUUUUUUCUUCUUCUUCUUCAACUUCUUCUACACUCUGUAGUUAGCUAGAUCUAAUAAACACACACUCAGUACUACUUCUUCUUCCUCACCUACCUCUUUUUUUCUUUACUCCACAACAAUAUUAAGUUAUUUCAAUAAUGGCGACUCGACAAGCAACAAAAUCGAAGAGAAUCAGCAGUAAAAACAGUACUAAUUCAAAGGCUGUAACAGUAAAUUCACCGUCGUCUUCAACGACAUCAUCAUCUAAACAAUUUGUGGAAACAUCUAUAGACUGCGGUCAAAGCUCGCCUGCGUCGUCCUCUGCUCGGAGCAAACCGCCGCAGUAUUUUUACUCGGAGAAUGUUGCUGCUUCUGAUGUUGAAAGAUCCAAAGAGAACGUUACUGUUACUGUUCGGUUUCGGCCGUUAAGUCCAAGGGAAAUUCGACAAGGCGAAGAGAUUGCUUGGUAUGCUGAUGGAGAAACUAUUGUUAGAAAUGAACAUAAUCCUUCUAUUGCUUAUGCUUAUGAUCGGGUGUUCGGCCCUACUACUACAACUCGCCAUGUUUAUGAUGUUGCUUCGCAGCAUGUUGUUAGUGGUGCUAUGGAAGGCAUCAAUGGAACCAUUUUUGCAUAUGGUGUAACAAGCAGUGGGAAGACUCAUACAAUGCAUGGUGAUCAAAGGUCCCCCGGAAUUAUACCAUUGGCAGUUAAGGAUGCGUUUAGUAUUAUUCAAGAGACACCAAACCGCGAGUUUCUCCUUCGCGUUUCAUACCUAGAGAUUUACAAUGAGGUUGUCAAUGACUUGCUAAAUCCAGCAGGACAGAAUUUAAGAAUUAGAGAAGAUGCUCAGGGAACAUUUGUCGAAGGAAUAAAGGAAGAAGUGGUAUUAUCCCCUGCUCACGCCCUUUCCCUUAUAGCUGCUGGAGAAGAGCAUAGACAUGUUGGGUCCACAAACUUUAAUUUACUCAGCAGCCGGAGCCAUACGAUAUUUACUCUGACAAUAGAGAGUAGUCCAUAUGGUGAAAACUGCGAAGGAGAAGCUGUAAAUUUGUCUCAAUUGAACCUCAUUGACCUGGCAGGUUCUGAAAGUUCGAAAGCUGAGACUACUGGCGUGAGACGAAAAGAAGGAUCCUACAUUAAUAAGAGCUUGCUAACACUUGGAACUGUCAUAUCAAAGUUGACAGAUGCGAGGGCCUCUCAUGUUCCAUACAGGGACUCCAAACUGACCAGGCUUCUUCAGUCUUCAUUAAGUGGUCACGGGCGUGUAUCACUUAUCUGUACCGUUACACCUUCAUCAAGCAAUUCUGAAGAGACACAUAAUACAUUGAAAUUUGCUCAUCGUGCCAAACACAUUGAAAUUCAAACAUCUCAAAAUAAGAUCAUUGAUGAGAAAUCACUUAUCAAAAAGUAUCAAAAUGAGAUCCGUUGUUUGAGGGAAGAAUUAGAACAAUUGAAGAGGGGUAUUGUGACAGUUCCUCAACUGAAAGAUAUGGGGGAAGACGAUUUCGUCCUCCUAAAACAGAAGUUAGAAGAUGGUCAAGUCAAGCUGCAAUCUAGACUGGAACAAGAAGAAGAAGCCAAGGCUGCUCUAUUGAGCAGAAUACAGCGCUUAACAAAGUUAAUUUUGGUCUCCACUAAAGCUUCACAACCAUCAAGGUUUCCUCACCGGCCCGGUCCAAGGAGGAGACAUUCUUUUGGAGAAGAAGAGCUUGCAUACCUACCAUUCAAAAGGCGGGACUUGUUGGAUGAUGAAAAUGUUGACAUGUAUGUUUCUCUUGAAGGAAAUAGUAUUGAAAAUACAGAUUAUACACUUAAGGAGGAUAAGAAAUCCCGGAAGCAUGGUUUGCUAAACUGGCUAAAGCUACGGCAGAAACGAGAUGGUGGCACGGGGACAAGUACUAGUGAUAAAUCAAGUGGUGUAAAAUCUAAUAGUACGCCUUCAACACCUCAAGCAGAAAACAGCAAUUAUCAUACAGAAUCUAGAUUUUCAAAUCCAUUGCUUACUGAAAGCUCUCCAUCAGCUGAUCUUCUAUCUGAUAUUAGACCAGAUAUAGAUGUUCCUGAGGACAAUUUCCUUGGACAAGAAACUCCUUCAACUAGCAUAAAAACAAGUGAUCAGAUUGACCUUUUAAGGGAGCAGCAGAAAAUUUUGUCUGGAGAGGUGGCAUUCCAUUCAAGUGUUUUGAAGAGAUUGUCUGAAGAGGCUUCAAGAAACUCCCAGAAUGAAAAUAUUCAUGUGGAGAUGAAGAAGCUGAAUGAUGAAAUCCAGGUCAAGAAUGAACAAAUUUCUUCACUGGAAAAGCAAAUUGUUAAUUCCUUCAGGGAUUCUCACAACCAGAUGGACAAAUUAGAUGCUUUACAGACAAUUGCUGAACUGACGGCACAGUUGAAUGAGAAGUCAUUUGAAUUAGAGGUUAAAGCUGCAGAUAAUCGGAUAAUUCAGGAACAAUUCAACCAAAAGAUAUGUGAAUGUGAAGCAUUGCAAGAAACCAUCGUCUCUUUGAGGCAGCAACUCUCGGAAGCACAAGAAUCAAGAAAUUCUAGUUCCCUACCCAGUUACUCACAGAGGCUUGCUGAUUUGAAAAGCCUUCAUUCACAAAAUCAGGUGGACAAGGAAAUUGCAGCAAUAAAAGAUAGAAAUGAAGAUUUGCUUCGACAAGCACAGUCCACUAAGAUCGAGGACCUGGAGCAAAAAGUCUCAGAAUUAACAGAGUCAAAAGAACAGCUAGAAAUUCGGAACCAAAAAUUAGCAGAGGAAAGUUCGUAUGCAAAAGGGUUGGCCUCAGCUGCUGCUGUGGAGCUCAAGGCAUUAUCAGAAGAAGUUGCCAAGCUCAUGAAUCAGAACGAAAGACUGUCUGCUGAUUUGGCAGCAGUAAAGAACUCACCCACGCAGCGUAGAGCUAAUAACACACUGCGGAAUGGCCGGAGAGAGAGUCUCGUGAAACGCCAAGACCAAGUUGGGCCAACCUCAGAACUAAAAAAAGAGUUAGCCGUAAGUCGAGAAAGAGAAUUUCAGUAUGAGGCUGCUCUUAUGGAGAGAGAACAAAGCGAAGCCGACCUUCAAAGAAAGGUCGAGGAGUCCAAGCAAAGAGAAGCCUAUCUUGAAAACGAACUUGCAAACAUGUGGGUUCUUGUCGCAAAGUUGAAAAAGUCUCAUGGAGCUGAUAUUGAUAGUUCGGACUUGACGAGGGAGAGUCCGAAAGUUGAUGGUUUCGGACUUUGAAGUAGUCUGGAAAUGAUCAUAAUGUGCAGGUUACUUUGUUGUGCAUUUCAAAUAACACUUUUUUUUUCUUUGAAUGAAUGAGCCUAUUCACUUAUCCUUUUCAUGUUUUUUUCCUCUUAUUUUUAACCAUACGAGUUUUCGAUGCCGUCAAUAUUUGUACGAACUAAUUACCCACCAUUGUUUGACAUGUGGGUCGCUUGUGAAUUCUUGUUCAAUUAGUGAUUUGUAUGUACAGAAUUGAUAAUGUAAAGGAUUCGAGUAGCUGAUCAGAAAUUUGAGGUGUGCAGAAAGCUCCUAGAAGGAGAACAUCGCCGUCUUUUGCACGGUAAAGCUUGUAUAUGAAAGUUAAAUGCUCAUUUCAUAAGCUUAAUGGUUGUAAGAAUUCUUUGGGAAAGAUUGUACUAAUAUCUUUUAGCUC